UUCCGCGGAGGAGCGCGUGCAGUCGCUAGCGGAGGCCUAUACUUGCCCGUCGAAGGGUAUUGGUUCUCCAACUCAUUGCACCGUACCCCCUGAGCGGCGCGUGAGGGCAGCACAGAAACAGACGGGAAAAAAGACAGAAAGACAGGGAUAGACAGAGGAGCUAGAGGAAGAGAGAUAGAGAAGGAGAAAGAGACCGUGCGAAAGACGAAAAGAAACGAAAAAACAGAGAGAAGGACGAGACAGACAGAGAGAAAAGGACCAAAAGAGAGGGUGCAAGGCAACAGAAAAGGGCGGAUAGAGCUUCUCUCCCCUUACAUCUCCACCGUGCAAUCGUGUCUCCUGACACACGGGCACGCGUGCACGCACGUCCAUGGUGGGCACGCAUGCACGCUCGCACGCCACCGCCACCGCCACCGCAGCGUCAUCGCGCGUUACCACUCGGAGGACCUCCCCGUCGAAGAAGCAGAGAGUGGCACGGACGAUCGACGGACGUACGGAACGGAACGGGACGAUCAGAACGCGGCACGCUUACGUUUACAUGCCACCCUUUAAGAGACCGAGCGAGAGGCGUUCCGGCGCACCGGUGACGUUUCCGUUCUUCACCGGGAUCCUCUGACCUGUCUGUCGUGAAGGGCCCGGGCAUACACGGCGAUUCCUGUGGAUCGGCAGGUACAAAACCGUCCUCGGACCCAGUCGUGCGCGCAGGAAACCGUACGGCUCUCUCCCACCACCGGAUCGCUCGCUCACACGCUCUCACCAAGGGUGACACCCACCCCUCGAGAGGACAGCCCUUCGGGGGGUGAGUUCCUGCGGCCGGUACGCCGCCGACCAACGACCGCAGUUCGGCGACAAGAGCCUAAGCGUCAAGCAGCAUCACAAGCAACAGCGUGAAGAAUCGGCUACGACACCUCGACAAGUCGCGCGAGAUCUCUACUUGGACCGAGGACUGCAAGCGAACGGACAGGACAGUGCGCGGAAGUGCAGCGAGACGGUUUACCGUCCCUUACGAGACUCAAUAGUCGAUCGGCUCCGAUACGCUCCGUUGAUCCCGGGGUGUGACGCGGCGAUCAGUGACCGUUAUUAUCGAGGCACCCCGGAAGGAUCGCGCCCGAGUCAUCCAGCCAGGACGAUCUUAUCGAGCGAUUAGCGGUGAGGUCGUGAGCACUGACCCCCAGCGCGAGUGCCGAUUCGAGGAGGACCCGAGAGUUCGCGUCGAACGCGAGGCAGGUUCGGGUACGCGUUGGGUAUCCGCGCGCGAUGUUCGUUCAGUGAUAGUUGGUGCACGCGAUUGGUGUAAUCGGCCAGAAUCGGCGAUCGGGGAUUUACGCGGGACGUUCGGGACACGCAAGACGUGAAAAUGAAGUUCCAGAUGUUGCUGGUCGUGCUCGUGGUGACGGCGCAAGCGUUGCUGGCGGAUAUCAGCAGGAACAAGAACCGCGGUAGAGGGUCCAUGUGGUGGGGCAUCGCAAAAGCGGGCGAACCCAACAAUUUCUUGCCAAUGUCAACGACUUCCAUGCACAUGGAUCCUACGGUCUUCGCGACUCUGAGGAGAAAACAGAGAAAGCUUGCGAGGGAAAAUCCGGGAGUAUUAAUGGCGGUGGCCAGGGGUGCGAAUCAAGCCAUCUCCGAGUGUCAGCAUCAGUUUCGUAAUCGGCGAUGGAAUUGUUCGACGAAGAACUUUCUCAGGGGGAAAAAUCUCUUCGGCAAGAUCGUCGAUAAAGGAUGCCGAGAGACCGCCUUCAUCUACGCCGUCACGAGCGCGGCUGUGACUCACAGCAUCGCGAGGGCAUGUAGCGAGGGCAGCAUUCAGUCGUGUUCCUGCGACUAUACCCACCAAUCACGCGCAUCAACCGCCGUUCGCGACUGGGAAUGGGGUGGCUGCUCAGAUAACAUCGGAUACGGCUUCAAGUUCUCUCGUGAAUUCGUCGAUACCGGCGAGCGUGGCCGAAAUCUCCGCGAGAAGAUGAAUCUGCACAACAACGAGGCCGGCAGAGCGCACGUGUCCUCAGAGAUGCGCCAGGAGUGCAAGUGCCACGGCAUGUCGGGCUCGUGCACGGUGAAGACCUGCUGGAUGCGGCUGCCGAACUUCCGCGUGGUCGGCGACAACCUGAAGGACCGCUUCGACGGCGCGUCCCGGGUGAUGGUGACCAAUUCGGAUCGCUCUCGCGCGAACGCCAUCACCAGCAACUCGGCCAGCAAUUCUGUCCACCAUCACCGCGGUGGUCUCGGACGUCGGCAGCGCUACAACUUCCAGCUGAAGCCGUACAAUCCGGAGCACAAGCCGCCCGGCAACAAGGACCUCGUUUACGUAGAACCGUCGCCGGGGUUCUGCGAAAAGAACCCGAAACUCGGCAUCCUGGGCACCUACGGCCGGCAGUGCAACGACACGAGCAUCGGUGUCGACGGUUGCGACCUGAUGUGCUGCGGCAGGGGUCAUAAGACCCAGGAGGUGACGGUGAUCGAGAGAUGCGCCUGCACGUUCCACUGGUGCUGCGAGGUCAAGUGCCAGAUGUGCAAGACGAAGAAGACCGUGCACACGUGUCUGUAAGGUCGACCCGGUCGUGAGACAUCGGGGGCGGCUCCUGAUAAUCGCCCAGGCGAUUGGAUUUGGCUGUUGGCCGGGGCGACUCGAACGGCAGCUCAGCCCGAGCUGUUCGCGCGCGAGAGAGAACUCCGAGCGUGUAACGGUACGUUCGUGGAAUCCGACCGACUAUCCUUCUUCCCGGGUCUUUCGAAGGAUCCCGAUAGUCGGCUCGCGAGGAUGCGCGAUCUACCUAGAUCGGAAGGGAUCCUACCGCGGGACGGGAUCGACGUUGCCGUGGAGUCCCGCGCGAGCCCGCGGGACUUCCUCGUCUCCAGUAUUACGCGAAAUGUUUGUACGGAACUUACAUGUAUUUAUUACGUCGCGACGCGCGCGUAACUAAAGACUGAGGCAAGCUGAGAAACGCUCGCGCAAUUGUAGGUUUCUUUGAGGCUGCUUUCAGCCGGAGGAAGAAGAGGGAUGAACAACUGCAUGAUCGCCGAUGUAACGUCGGUGCAUUGUCUCGCAGUCUCACCGACGAGCAGCUACGAUGUUGUCUAGUGGAAUAAAAUAAUUCAGAGCGGAAUCGUGGUCCGCGCCCCUUGCUCGUAUCAUUCGUCGGGCGUGUUCGGUGCAACUGUCUCUUCUGUAAUACUUAUUUUUAGAUCCGAUUCGUCGCAUUCUCUUCUCUGAUGAUUUUUCUAUGCGUCUGUAAAAUUGAAUUGCCAUAUACACGAUUCAUGCCUUCAAUGUAGAAAAAUUGUUAAUGUGAGUAUAAUAGAUCAACGCAAAGAAGCUUUCAGAUAUUUUAUUUCACGGCAUACAAGGUUUCGUCUUAGGUCUACGAUGCUGGCUGCAACGACAACGCGAAUGAAAAGAUUCGUGGUCUUGAAGAAACAUUAUUUAUUCUAAAGGUAUCCUUUCUGCGGUCUAGACGCCCGUUCCCUCGGGAAAACGGAUGUGCACCCUCGGGUGCACAGUUCGCGCAUUUGUACAUAAAUAGAUUGUAGUGAUAGCAAUAUAUUUUCCAAUUAUGCGAUCGGCGACCAAUAUAUUCCUUAAGAUCAUUGUAAAUAAAACUUUACUUGUACGCGACGGAAAUAACGCCCGCGAUAUCGGGUGUGGUAAAUUAUUUUUAUAUCUUUCUCAUAUCUCUCCCUUUCUCUCUCUUUUUCUAUUUCAUCCUCUUGUCCUUUACUAAAUCUCGCAAUUCGAAGAGAAAGAAAUCCACGGGCUUGAAAAUAUUUUGUACUAAUGCUAGAGAAUGAGAUUGACUCUUCGAACAAAAAGGAAGGACAUAGUGAUUCCAAUAUUGUGCAUAAUAGAUGUAUUAAUUAUUGCUCGUAAUUUAUGCAAAUAAACAUGUAAGAGGAUUAAAUAAACGUUCGAAAUUGAAA